AUGAGCUCUCCAGAUGAGGUGGCAGCCCCUACAGCCUGUGAUGAUGAGGACAGCUCUCCUACCGGUGAUAUGAAUUCGCGGGGUCAGGUGUUUGUUCCUGAAGCUGACUUGGGCCAGGAGGGCAGGGAGUGUUUAGGGGACCCAGUGAUCAGCCCCAGAGUUCCAGAGAGUCCGAGCCUCAUCCAAGGUCCUCUAGAGAUUAAACAGGGUGAAAGCAGCCUCCCAGGCCCUGAGAGCAGUGGCUUGGAGUCUGGGCCUAAGUUGGAAGCAACAGAGGAAAGAGGCAGGGUGUUUAGGGGUCCAGAAUGCCGGACCACUUCCCCUGUAGACCAAGAAGAGGUUGACUUGGAUUUUUUGCCCCAGCUCAGUAAUGAGGCUCUGUCUGUAAUGCGAGAGCUGACCAACCUACAGACCCGAAAAGUCAGCAGGUACCCAUCCCCACAGACUUGUGCUGCUGAACUGGCCGCUCUCUGGGGAAACAUAGAUGAAGGCUCCAACAGAGGGGCACUGUCCCUGAGCUCUAUGAAAGGGAAACAGGCUUCUGAAGGUGCACCAUACCCCAGAGGCCUGUGGCGAGGCAGAGCCUGGGUGACUCCAAGAAGAGGCACCAUAGGUAGGAUGAUGCGCAGUCAAGGUGUCCAAUAUCCCUCCUCAAACCCUGUGUCUUCUGAUGAGUUCAGUGACACUCACAUGAAGAAAGUAACCAUUGGCCUCAAAGAAGACCAGGCCAGGUCCAGUGGCUUCACUGAGCUGGAUAACAUAGCUAGACACACAAAUGUCCAUGGCAGAGGAAGUUUUGUCCAUGCUCCCCAUUCUGUACUGUCCAGUGCUAUCUGGGGACUCAGGUCAAGUGUGGGAAGGCAGGCUGCAGGAGAACUGGAAAGCUCUUUGUCUAAGAAAAAGCCAAGUGUGGUCUGGGGCAAAGAAGGGAGCAGGCCCAGCCACCAAGGAGCUACUGCAGCUGCUGCCCCUGCCUCAGCUUCUGCUGCUUCAGGUGCCCUGCACAAGACCAGUCCCAAAAAGAAGCAAGCCCAGGAGAAGAGCUCCUCAGAUGUUUCAAAAGGUCCCCAGGGGAGAAACUUCACACUAUGGGGGCAGAGACUCAAUUCAGCUCCUGUGGGGCCAGCCACCCUACCCCCAAUCUCAGGGGUUGCCCUGCUAGGAAAGGCCAGCAAAUGCUCACUGCCUUCAGGGCCCAAAGAGUGCAAGCCCUUCUGCACUGGGAAGAAAUCCAUGGCAAAAAAGACAAGGGAGACACAGGCAGGGCCCAAAGAAGAUAAUAACUCACCAAGAGAUCCUGGCCUACAGGCCCAAGUUCCACCACCCAGGGCAGAGCAGCCUUCCAUGUGCAUUAACAGUGGAGACUCCAACACCAGAGCGCCUCAAGUUACAGGAAACCCGCAGUUCUUGUCCUUGAGCCAGAGAUGUGCCAGACCCAGAGCACCUGCACCUGCUGGUGAACAAAAUCCACCUGUGGAUUCAAUACUCCCUAAUGAAGAAAGUCAGCAAGUAAUACAAGGGACACCAGGCUGUGCUCAGUGUCAGAUGUUGCAGAAGGAGAUAGAUGAACUCAAGGAACAACUAGGUAUGGCCUACCCUGGGCAGGAAGGACAUUCAGACUGGGGAAGAGGGGAGCUUAGUGUUUGGGUGCAGGUGAUGAUGGUGGGUAGUGGGGCAGGCACUCAUGGGGGAGGUGACACGAAGCAGGCCAGGCUUGGAGCCCUCUGUGCCUUGACUUCUGGGACUUGCACCAAGAGGCUCUCUGCUCUCCGUGUGCUGUGCAGAUGA